CCAACACCAGGGCACGGGGCAAGCAUCGCCUGUCCAGCUCCAUCCAUUCGUCAUUCAUUGUCGCGUGUAACUGCUUCGCCAGCUGAAACCAUUGUGCCAUUCCACUCGACCGCCCGACUUUAAUUGAAGGCUUCAGACCCCGAAUGGAACCCCAGAGCUCUAUGACAUCGCCCCUCACCAUCCAUACCCUAUUUCCUCUAUCUUUUCCGAGCACAUUCAUCGACGAUCACUGCACGUUCUCGGAUCUGCUUGCUUGCAUCAUUGACAGGUAGGCAAACGUCGCUGAUACUGGUAGCUCCAGGUGCGCCGCAUCGUGCACAUACUUGAAGAGCCCCCUGUCCUCUCUCCUUGCUCUAGGCUCAUGGAGUCCAAAAUGUCUGGCCUGCAUAUCGACCUCCCAUCCAAGUCACAACAAAGUAAAACCAAAAAGAAAGUCGAAGUGGCCGAUUCGUGGGAAGACGAAGACCUGUCUUCUCCAGUCGAGGGUGACAUGGGCGACCGCACCCCAACGGAUCCUUCGGACCUUGAUACCAAACCAAACAAUGCAUCAAAUCCAGCCCUCCAUCCACCCCCGCCCACUCCGAUAUCACCUCGAGGUAGUGGUCAGUACAUCGACUGGUCAACUGCAUCGAUGCUCGGUGGUGGCCGACCGACCCCAUUUUCGCCCUCCUCCACCACUGCUUCUACCCCUUCAGACUCUGACCGCGAAAGACGACGCCCUGAGAAAAGUACGGCCACGGCCAGUCGAUUGAUUGCUGCAGGUCUAGGCAUGAAAGCUCCCCAGAAAUCAGAGGAGGCCAAGCAGUAUGACCGUGCCAUUAGGGAGCAGGAGAUCAGGCGAAAGAACAGGGAAAAGGAACUUCAGCAAAGAGAGCGAGAGGCCGACGAGAAGUUAAAGGCCGCUGUCUGGACUGACUAAAUCGCAAGAAUUCAAAUGGUGCUUUGGGUUUGAAUCUUUGGGAGCAAUGUCUCCAUGUGUUACUAGGUGCUUCUGCCCGUGGGAUUCCCCCACAAGCGUCGUCGGGGAGGGUUUGCAGACUUGAUGUUUGGCCCUAAUGCAGAGCCUAUACUUCGACUCCCAUCAAGUUAUGACAAUAUAAACGUGGCACGGAACGGAAGGAAUUCGGUAAAUGUUUCUACACUAGGCUGUACCAAGGAACCAUGUGCACUCAGGCCUCAGGUCAAGCCACACCUGUCCACCGCCCUGAUCUGC